CAGAUCCGCUGGGCUCUGGUUGGCUGGGGGCAGCCUUGCGGGGGCGGGGUUUGGUCGUGCCGGCGGUGCGGUGGGGAAUUCUCCUUCCCAGCUGCUUUCCCCACCCCCCUUUUCUUCCCACCACCGACUCGGCAGCCGGGCGCCCCGCCCCCGCCCACCCCGCCCAGCCUCCCGGAGAAGCCCCGCCCGCUCGCCCGCCUGCCAGCGCGCCCCCCCCCUUCCGCGCGCUACGCCCCCUUUACUCCUGGCUGCCGGGCGAGCCGGGCGUCUGCGGCGGCGGCGGCGGCGGCGGCAGAAGCGGCGGUGGCGGCGGCGGCGGCGACGGCGGAAGAAGUCUAAGAAACAUCGGGAACCGCGGCGGCGACUACACAGGCUGAGGCGACGGCGGCGGCAGCAGCAGCGGCAGCAGCAGCAGUGGCGGCGGCAGCAGCAGCAGCAGCAGCGGCGGCAGCAGCAGGAGCAGCGGCGGCAGCAGCAGCAGCAGCAGCAGCCCGAACAGCCGCAGGAGGAGCAGCAGCAGGAGCAGCAGCCGCCGCAGGAGCAGCUGCAGCAGCAGGAACGGGUAGCCUUCUGCAGCGACGAGCUCUGCACCGCAGCGCCGCGGGCUCUGCUGCGGCACACUGAUCCCGCCAAGCAACCGCCCCGGCAGCGCCCCCACCCCAAUCCCCGCCAGCUUCCCCACCCUCCGCCCAGCCCCGGUAGCGUCCAGUCCAUCGUCUUGUCACCCCUGUACCCGGGGAUGCUCCUGUCCAAGAUCAACUCUCUGGCUCACCUGUGCUCCGGGCCCUGCGUGGAGCUGCAUUCGGCCAAGCUGCCUCCCGGGAAAGAAAAAGAGCCCCUGGAGAAGCAGUACCAGGUGGGCCCACUGCUCGGCAGCGGUGGCUUUGGGUCUGUCUACUCGGGCACCCGGAUAGCAGAUGGCGCACCGGUGGCUAUCAAGCACGUGGACCGAGAUAGGAUCUCAGACUGGGGGGAGUUGCCCAAUGGUAACCGAGUGCCCAUGGAAAUCCUCCUUUUGAAGAAAGUGAGCUCGGGGUUUCCUGGGGUCAUCCGACUUCUGGACUGGUUCGAGAGGCCCGACAGCUUCAUCCUGGUGCUAGAGCGUCCGGAUCCAGUCCAGGAUCUCUUUGACUUUAUUACGGAAAGGGGAGCCCUGCAGGAGGAGCUGGCCCGAAGCUUCUUUUGGCAGGUGCUGGAGGCUGUCAGACAUUGCCACAGUUGCGGGGUGUUGCACCGAGACAUCAAGGAUGAAAAUAUUCUCAUCGACCUGAACCGGGGGGAGCUCAAGCUGAUUGACUUCGGAUCCGGGGCAUUGCUUAAGGACACAGUCUACACUGACUUUGAUGGGACCCGGGUGUACAGCCCACCAGAGUGGAUCCGUUACCACCGAUACCAUGGCAGGUCUGCAGCAGUGUGGUCCCUGGGGAUCUUGUUGUAUGAUAUGGUCUGUGGCGAUAUUCCCUUUGAACAUGAUGAGGAAAUUAUCCGGGGCCAGGUGUUCUUCAGGCAAAGAAUCUCUUCAGAAUGUCAGCAUCUCAUUAAGUGGUGCUUGGCUCUGAGACCAUCAGAUCGACCAUCCUUUGAAGAGAUCCAGAGCCAUCCAUGGAUGCAAGAUGUGCUCAUGCCCCAGGAGACAGCAGAGAUCCACCUACACAGCCUGAUGCCAGAGUCCAGCAAAUAAUAGCCUCUCUUCAGGCUCCUCCCCACCCCUCCACCUCCUCACUGAUGUUCAAGGGGCAGAGAGGCAGGGGAAGCUUCCUCCCUUCUCCCACUUCCCAAGUACCAAUGACUCUUGGAAUCAAGCAGGGCCUUGCUUGUUACAGGAACAACAAUUCAUAGCUCAUUCCAGACCCAAGCUCCCUGGAGGCUGCCUCCUAACUAGGAGAAACAACUCCAUCCCAGGUGGCCUGGGCCUUCUAAGGAUUUUCCCCUUACCACUUCCCUCAGGUUACUAGUGUUUCCCAACACUACAGAAACCUGGAGGCUUCAGCCCUGGGCUGAGACUGAUUUCCUAACCUAUAGAGUUCUACUGAAUGCUGGGAGGGUUGGAGGAAAAAAAGGGUGGGGGUGGGGGGAAGGGUUGGAAAGGGGGGAAAAUAGGAUAGGACUGAAUUGAAUAACAUUGUAUUUCGUCACUGUCACCCCUUCCAACUCUUCAGAGUGCCUUCUGUGGUGACUCCGGCUAUGCUGGGAGAAAUACUGGAAUUUGCCCUCUACCUGCUGCUUCUCCAAAAAAAUCUGCUUGGGUUGGGUUCCCUCUUCUCUCUUUCACCUCCCCAAAUUCCCCUCUCUCCCUCCUCAAUCCAUAAGAAAGGUGCCAUGGAAGAAGCUGUGGGGCCAAACACUGAGCCACCUCACCUGCCCAAUUUCUGCCUCCUGUAGGAAAACUUUAGAACUGGUCUUCCUCCUUGGUUGUUAACUUAAAUGUUUCAAAGCCAAGACCUCAAGAGAAAAAAAAAAAAAACGCACAGACAAUGCAACUCAGCAGGAAAAGAAAAAACUGUAAAUGUGUGUGUACAUUUGGCACAUUAGUGUAAAAAAGAUUGUAGUUGUUUGGAAUUUUUUGUUGAAUUUUUGCCUUUUUAAGUUAUUUCUUUUUUUUUCCCCUCUCUUUCUCUUUCUUUCUCUUUCUCCCUUUCUCUUUUUUUGUUUAAAAAAAAAACCCGCAUCCUAACCUGGAGGUCAAUGUUAUGUAUUUAUUUAUUUAUUUAUUUGGUUCUCAGCUUGUCACCCCCUUUUCUCUCCCCGCCUCCCUCCUUCUCCCCAGCUUUCCACGGCUGCCCGUCCUGAUUUUCUUUUCCUCCUUUUCUCUCCUCCAACUUGGGGACCUUCUCGGGGUGGGGAUUGGUGUGUAUGUGUGGGGGAUGGGAAGGGGGGGGCCCGCCAGUCCUUGCUCUGUCUGCCUCGGCGCUGCCUGGAGUCACAGGACCCGGGCCAGACAGCUGUCUGCAGCUUCUGGACGGACUGCCUUUGUUCCCCUCACCUGCACACAUGUGUCUAGUUUCCAUGGGUAAUGGGGGAGGGGCAUUUUGCUUUGUGUAUAUAACCCUUCUGGAUGGUGGUGUAUGUGGUGUGUGUGCGCGUGCUCGCCUUCCAGAUUCUGGGGCUGUUUGAAAACAGCACGUAGCCUGCUGGUUUUAUCAAGUGUAAUACUGUACAGGGGGAUUAAAGAAGAUCUUAUUUUUUUUUUUUAUACAUGCUGUUUUUAAAUAAAAAUCCUUUUGUCUUAA